GUGCACUCACCCACUCCCGCCAUGGCCUCAAGGGAGAAAGAGAAGGAUAGACUUCGCCAUGACAUCGCUCACGACGUGGGCGGGAUUGCCAGUUAUGCUUGGCCUAUUCUCCGUUUCCCUAUCAGGCUCUUCAUUGACCUUGUCUCGUCCACUGUUCGAUUAGUCAAGCCUCUAGCACCUCAGUUAAUUCCGCUCGCCGUUUUUGUGUUAGCCAUCCCAAUUCUCAUAUUUCUAUCGUUGUCUGCCGGUUGGUUUGUGUGGAGAAGUAUUGCAGUUGGAUGGGAGUCUCCGCUCUUCUUGCAAUAUGGGGAGGGGCCGCCGCCCUAUGCUGUCAUUGCCCUGUCUAACAUGGUCGCCAAGCAGCCGUAUGAUAUCUCGCUUCACCUUUCUGUUCCUGCUACCGACAGUAAUUAUGCCCUUGGUAACUUCAUGUCCACUUUGACAUUGGUGACACCGGCCAAUAAGACUUUGACAUCAAUACGUCGGCCGGCCAUUGUCCUACCUCCGUCUUGGGCAUCCCUGUCCUUUCUAUAUAGCCCCAGUGGUAAUAUUGAACUGAAGAUACCACUGCUGUCGAACUUCCAGUCGAGUUCCAGUAAUGUUAUCGCUCGUGUGGAGCUUGGACGACAGGAUUACUGGAAAAGUAUCGGCAAAGGCGAAGGACGUGAAUUGACCGUUUCAUCCGCACUUCUACGUGGAGUCGUGGUGAAUAAAGGUCUACGUGGCAUAAUUACUCGAUUCCCUCUCCUGACGGCGUUGGUGUCGUCCGGCACCUUCCUUUUCAUCUCAUUCACCGUCUUGGCUUCCUGCCUCCUUCCGGCCAUCGAAUGGCGCUUUCACCGCGAUGUCGAUGAAGGACGAACUGAAAACGAAGUUGCGGAAAAGCCUCGUCGAAGACCACGGCAGCUCAAGACGGAGCCGCUCGAGUGGAAUGAACAACCGCCUCGCAGAACAAAAGGAUCACGAAGGAGUCGAAGCGUUGCUACGCCCAGGCGAUCUUCGUAUGACUUCAAGAUGGAAGAUACUCCCAUCACUAUGCCUGCUUCGUCUGCUUCUCUGCCUUUGCGGCACAGACGUUCACGUCUCUCACAGCAUUCAGAUCCCGAUGGGUGACUGUGAGACUUUUUUCGCUUGACUUGUGUGAUGUACUAUUUCGUAGCAUGCCCCACUGUGGCUGUUAUCAUGGACCCGUAUUUCAACUUGCUGUAUGCAUGCAAUAUUCGUCUCGGAACCCAGCUAUAGUCUCAAAAUUAAUGUAUCCAAUAAUCCGUCCAUGCAGCUGACUUUGUUCGAAACAGGAGAAGUAAUAUAAUAAAUGUAUACUAUGCGCUUGGAGUCUCUGCCAUCUCCUCCUUCGCCUCCUCUGUCUCCUUCUCCACCACCUUCUCCGCAUCCUUCUUCUCUGUCCUCCCCUCCUGCGUUGUAUCCGUUGACUCUGCUUCGUUGUUCGCCUUGUCCUUGGGCCCUGUUUCCGACUUGUUGGUAUCCGCACUCUUCAAUUCAGGUUCAGAUUUGACAGUCUCCUUGGCUUGAGCAGAGGUAUCAGGUGUCGGCGCCUUUGCGCUCUCUUCUUUAUCCUUAGUGUUUGUCGUC